GUCAGAGUUGCUUGGCUUGGCUUGGCGUCCGGUCAGAAGGCAUAAUCGACGAGAGGCAUGGAUGUUCUUCAACAACCUGCCUUUCACCUUCGCAGUAGGUCAGUCGCCGCAUCGGCCGCCACAGAUCUUCAACUUCGGAGCUCCGCCUCCCCCGCCCAAAGCCACCGAGGGACCCAUUAGCCUGGUCGAGCAGACGCACCGCAGCUACCUCAACUUGUCUGCGUGGUCCCUCAACAAUGGCUAUCUGGAGAGAAGCGCCGACGGACGAGAGGCUGCUGUGCUGAAGGCAAAACUGAAGUGUCGCCAACAAACCGACCAAGCCAAGUGAGCGCAUCAAUAAAUACACGGGACACGUACACACACACGUUCAUCGCUGGCCGAUUGCUUGAUGGAUGGAUGGAUGGGUGGAUCGUUGCAGGCAUCACUGUGUGUGGUGUGGGUACCUGGCGGCGGUUGCGGACCACAUAGCAAGCCAGCUGUGGGACGAGCAGGAGUACCCACACAAGUUCACAGAGAGCAAGAACUGGCAGCGGCUGCACGACGACACAGCGAGGUUCGCCAAAUACGUCAGGAAGGUACGCCACCCCCCCGCCCCAUCCGCACACGCACACAGUCACACACAUGAUUGCCCCCCUCUGCAUGUGUGUUGCGUUGUUUGUCAGGCUGCGAAGGAGGUGUGGAGUCGCUUGUCCGACGACAAGAAGCGCGAGGUGCGGGUGUAUCGGAUACUCGAGACCGACAGGGUGCUCUAUGCCCUGUUGUGCAAGAAGAUGACCCCGCCGCACAGGCGCAGUGAGAAGGUGCAGGAGAAGCAGAAGGAGGCCGGCACUGACACUGCAGAGAGGAAGGACAAGGGGGACGAUGGCACAGAGGCCACAGGAGAGGGCGGCAUGUCGGACAUCGACUGACUGAGCCGCCGGGACCCAACUGGUGUGGCAGGCAGG